UUAUCCCUAAAUCAUUAACGAUUUCACAUCAAUGUUUCCUAGCGAAAUAAAUGAUAGGGUGCUAGAAACAUAAGUAUAUUUUGUAGAUGGUGUUUGAGAGAAGGUGGAAAAAUACAAAAGUGAUUCUAGUCUCGCUUAACUUCACUUCGCUCAGCCUCCUUAACAAGCUAAAAUAGUUUCGGUUGAGCACCAUUUUGUUGUUAGAGGGCCAAUCGUGUUACGUAAACGAAUACUAGAACUGUUUGCGUGUUAUAAUUUUGACGAAAUUACUGAAUUUUAGUGACUGCAUUAACCACUAACGAGCUGAUGAGACAUAUGACAAUGGUACCUGAGUGGGAAUAAGUGCAAUUCUUCUGAUCUAGUGAUAAGCAGCUAUCUUUUCUCAUAUUCCAUGCGAUACGCUUUGGCGAAGGUGAGCUGUUGCUAGUGCCCUACGCUGUUUAGUCUGUGAUAACUUAGCUCAAAAACAAACUCUUGGUGUGGCAACACCUCAUCCCCUUUUCACGUUCUUCCAUGCCCUGCGCUAGUCGCAGUGGGCAAUACCAACGUCUUUCAAGCUCAUAGAUGCAGGCAAAAAUGGAUUCGACUGCGCGCUAUGGCGACGCAUCUGCAUCUGCCUUCGGCGCAGCUGCCUAUCGCAGCAACCCAUCCUACAAUUUUAACCAAGAAGGAGAAAAUGGAAACUCGGAUUCCUCAUACUCAGGAUGGCAAAAUGGCUCAAAUUGGUCAGAUAAUAACAAGAAUAACAGGGGAAAGGAUGAAAACAUGGAUCAUGACAAUAACUCUUUCUCGGGUCUCUUGGGUGCAACAGGUGGUCAAGAGGAGAAAGGCGAACGAAGACCACCGAUGCCUCGUCUUGGACUUCUUGGUGGUGGCGAGAGCUCAAUGGUUGGAAGCUGGAGUGGAAGUCAAGGGCCUAGUAGUACCGGAGCAUGGGUUGGGCGGCCAGGUACUACAGACAUAAGUGGAGGAUCAAAUGCUGAAACACCCACAAAGCCAUCUCAGACUUCAUCCUGGGCACAGGCAGCAGGUAAAGGCCUACCGGGAGAACCAACUCAAGAAGCUCCAACAUCCUCCCGUGAUCGUGCAGAACAAGAAGCCCAGGAGUUCAGGAAGAAGGCUGCAUUUAGUCAAGGAUGGGGGCAAAAUGGUGUAAACCAAGAUACUCCAUGGGAUGUAGAUGACAAUACUCAAGAUGGCUCAAAAGAGAGUACAACUUGGCGAGCUCCUAACAAUGGCACAGAAAUCUGGGAGACCAAUCUACGUAUGAACAAAGGUGGUGCUCCUGCCGUAGCCACUCCCACAACAGCACCACCUCCUCCAUGGGGUCAUACUCCUGCCACAAAUAUUGGAGGACAUUGGGGUGAAGAGGAGCAGAGUAGCAGUCAGUGGCAGAGUGGAGGUGGAACUAUGCCUAACCCCACCCAUUGGCCUGAUAACAAUAAUACUGGAAGUAGCAUGUGGGGUGGAAGCACAGGCCAAGAAAAACAUUGGAAUAACAACCAAUCUCAGUGGGGAGAUGGUAGCUCUGAGGCUUCUUGGUCAUCCCGAAACCGUCCCCUUGGCAAUUGGUCUCCUGCUGCAACACCUAAAAAAGAAGUUCCUCCCUCAGGCUGGGAACCUCCAUCACCUCCUCCUCUGCGUCGCAGUACAACUGGUGCCUAUGAUGAUGGGACUGCUGCAUGGGGAAAUCCACAGAGACAAGGAAAAACCUCUAAUUACCAGGUGUCCCACUGGAAAGAUAUGCCGACUGCUAAACCUAUUUCUGGUGGGAUGCCAAUUGGCCCAAGUGGAAUGCCAGGUAUGCUCCGUAUUCCUGGCAAAGGUGGAGACAAUGGCAGCUGGACGAAGCCUCAACCAACUGGUACUGGUCGCAAUUCUUGGCAGGAUAUGCCCACUGGUUCUAUGGGCAAUUGGAAUGAUGACCCAAUGAAGAAUGUCUCUCAAGCUGGCCAAUAUGUGGGAUGGAAUGAUCCCAAUAACUCUGUUUGCUGGGGUGCCAAACCAAAAGCUAAUUCUAACUGGGCUGAUGGGCAAGUGGAUACAAGUUCCUGGUUGGGACCUGCUAAACAGCUUCGUCAACUAAAGGUUUCAGUCCCAAAUGAGGGUGGCAAGCCUUUAUGUAAAGACAUUGUACAUGCCAGCAAGCAGUUCAGGAUUCUUACAGAAAUGGGCUAUAGAAAAGAAGAUGUGGAGAAUGCAUUGAGAAACAGCAACAUGAAUUAUGAUGAAGCAAUAAUGGAACUGCAUGCUCUACACCCUGGAGUGAUGGAAGUAGAUGGAUUUGGUGGUCGAAAAGUCAGACCGGCUAAUCCGUAUGAGGAUAUGAAUACUCCUGACCACAAUAUGGAUUCUUCUUUCACUUUCCAUCCUCCCAGCAAUAAUUUCCACAACUUCACUGCUCAGCACAACUUCAAGCAACCACCUCCCAAGGGUCCCACUGGUGUGGUUGGAGGUCAGUCCCCACAAUUAGGAACUAGUAAUAUGUCUCCUGCCUUAAUUCAGAAACUCUUGCAACAACAGCAGCAGCAACAACAACAGUCACUUCAGCUCAUGAAUCUGAACAAUGUGCAGCCAAUUGGUAAUCCCAAAUUUACAACCAAUGCACAACUACGACACUUGGUGCAGCAGAUACAAAUGGCAGUACAGGCUGGUCACUUGAAUGCUCAGAUCCUGAAUCAGCCUUUAGCUCCCUCUACUUUGCAGCUCUUAUAUCAGCUCCUACAACAAAUCAAAACUUUAAGCAAUUUGCAACAAGUUCAAAAGCAAGGAGGACAUUGUUCAAUGCAGGUGACACAGUGCAAAACUCGCAUUGUCAGUCUCCAAAAUCAAAUCUGUGCUCAGCAAGCCAUUUUUCUAAAGCAACAGCAGCUUCCUCCUCAACAACAACAGCAGCAACAAACCUUGCCUCUUCAGCAGCCCCAUCCUACUGGAGUCAGUGACCUCUUCAAGCCUCCUCCCCCAGACUCUCUGCCUGGCCUCCACUCAGACUUCAGAGACCUUACUUUGAAAGAUCACCAUAACCAAAGCAGGCUCAACCAAUGGAAAUCACCAAUGGAUAAGGAUGAUGAAGAUUUCAGCCGAGCCCCAGGAUCUCUGCACUCUAAAUCUCACCCACUUCUGGAUCAACAUGUGCAAAGUGAUUCCACUUGGAGUGGUGGCCGCAAUGACUCUGUUGGCGGUUGGCCUGACUCAACAAAUACUGACAACUCAACAACAGCUGGUCCAUCCGCUGAUAACAAUAAAGAUGAUGGCCAAGGAUCUGGUUACAACCUGACUGAUUUGGUGCCUGAAUUUGAGCCUGGUAAACCCUGGAAGGGCACCCAGAUGAAAAGUGUUGAGGAUGACCCACACAUAACUCCUGGAAGCAUUGCUCGCAGUCCACUUUCUGUGAACAAUAUCAAAGAUUCCAACCUCUUCUGGCCUUCUAAGUCUAGUCCAGCCAACAAUGAUCUGCCUGCUAAUACCUGGGGAUAUAGUGCACCUUCAGCCAAUGGUACUUCCAGUGUGAAAGGUGGCAAGUCGAGUUGGAGUUCUGGUGACUUUGGAACUGAUUCAUGGGGCUCCUCUCUUCCCAAGAGUACUGCCAGAAACAAUCCCACCUCUUCCCAAGGUUGGGAUCGUCAAUUUAAUUCAACUUUCUUAAUUCUCAAGAAUUUGACACCACAGAUUGAUGGUUCUACUCUGAAGACACUAUGCAUGCAGCAUGGGCCUCUCCAAAUGUUUCACCUCUUCUUAAAUAGAGGUGUUGCUCUGGUUCGCUAUAACAGUCACGAGGAGGCUGCCAAGGCCCAGUCAGCACUUAAUAAUUGUGUUCUCAGCAAUACCACCAUGUUAGCUGAACUCCCCUCCGAUGCUGAGGUCCAGCAGUACCUCCAAUCUGCUCAGGGAGGUGGGGCCUCUACCAAUUCCUGGCCUGCUCCCAGCUCUGCCUCCUCCUUCUAUGGAGGUGGGGCUUCUGUUGCCGGGACUGCCUCUUGGAAUGCCGCCCCCAACAACACUUCUCAGCUCUGGUCAUUCUCUGGCUCCAGCCUGUGGUCGCAGCCCAGCAACGACCAUGAUGCAAGUACAAAUCCCAUCAACUAUCUGCCCAACGACUUGUUGGGUGGUGAGCCCAUCUGAGGACACUAAAAGUCCUGGUCGCUCUGCUUUGUGAUAUGAACACUUCUUUCACCGUUACGAUGGCCAAUGCUAACUUCUUCCAGCAUGUGUAAUAGGACAUGUGUUAGAGUGUGAUAUUUCUUCAGCGGUCGUCGUAACAAUUUUUCCCCAAACUCUCUUUUUCGGCCAUCGUUGGUCGUCACAAUCACGGAAAUAGUGCCGAUCUAAAGUAUUCAAAACUCUUUGUCUCCAGUAUUUUCAAGUGCCACAGGAGAAAAAAAAAGCCUUAUAGAAAUUUCUGCCAUAUCAAUCUUGGGCGGACUUAGUCAUUUGGUCUGCCACCAAACUUGAUUAGGGGGAGGAGCCAUCACUUAGCCCGCCCCUAGUUCCACCUCCUCCAUUAUUAACCCUUCAGAGGGUUUAGGUUUCCCUGUUUUUUAAAGUCAUCGACUGUUUCUUCCUUCUUGCUUGUUUCUAACGAAGAAAAUUUUAUUUGAGAUUUACAUAUAUGUUUAUUCUUGUAGUUGAAAUGUUUGAUUUAUUAUCGUGCUAUUUUAUAAUAUAUGGAGGGCAACCUGUUCUUUUGCGAAAGAACAAAAAGGUGCAUACUAUUUAAAAUGUUUUUUUUAAUGCUGUAUAGUUAAGUUAUGUUUGGAAUCGCUAUGUCUUUCGUAACCUCUUCAGUCGCCUAUAUUCCAGGUUUCAAAUUUUAAUGAUUUUUUUUAUACACCAAAAUAGUUGCUUUAUAUUUUUAUAGAUUUUAUUUCUUUUAAAAAUGUGACAAAAUUAGUAAAUUCAGAUUUAUUUAUUUCUAAAAUUUUAGAUGAAUUUGUACCUAUUAAUCUUAAUAUCUAUGAAGGAAUUCAGCUGAAGCAUCAUAAAGAGGUGUUAUUUUGCAUUCCAGAAAGUGCAAAAUAUAGCUACUUGAUGCAGUAACACUAAUAUCAGAACUUUUUAAAUAUUGUUUUUAUUGUUAAAAAUCUAAUUUUUGUUGUUUGUUUUUAAAGAUUAUUUGAUUUUAAACCUAGAAAUGCAGCUGAAUAAAUGAAUUGUUCUUAAUUAUAAUUAUGACUGAAGGGGUUCACUGAAUUGCAUUUUAAUCUGUACAGAGAUAAUAAGUGUUCAUUUCUUGUAUUGGUGUGAGGAUUCGAAUUUCUCCAACCAAAAUAGAUGGAAGUAAUAAUCGACGGUGAAUCAAAAACUUUGUGCUUUUUAUUUGAUAAUUAUUUGUGGUUGGUUGAAAUGUUCUAAUAAUCCAAUGAUCUUUUUUUUUUUUUUUUUUUUUUUUUUACCCCCUUGUAAAGUCUGCAAAAACUUUAUAUGUGCAUAUAAUUGUAGUGAGAGAAAAAUAAUUCACUUAAAAAACUGUGUGAUAACAAAAAGUACAUGUCUGUUUUUGCUGCUAAAAAAAAAGAAAACAGAAAAUGAAUUAUAAAGAAAAAAUAUAAAAGACAAAAAAAAAAUUAUAGAUAUAUAUAUGUAAACAAAUAUAAAUAUCAAGUGACUGCAUUUUGGGAAAAAAUGUUAAAUGAACUUUUCCCACCAAGUCAAACUGCAAUUGUGAUCCAUAAUAACUAAGUUAAAAUAACAGUUUAAAAAGUGUGUCUAAGCUGUAGUUGGUGUACUUGGUGCUAAUGUUGACAGCAUUUAGAAAAAUGAUGUGCUCUUCUUUCACAUGCCUUUUCUCUCAAAACAUUCUUUCUGCAGCGCACCCUGCAUAUAUAAUAGCCAAAGUCCAACCUCUUCAAGAUCAAACCAGUGAGCUUUUUGCUGAAAGGUAUUUUAAUCUCUCCGUUGUGGUGGGGGUGGGGGUCACGCCUGUAUGUGUUCACAUUCCAUGUCCAAAAAAAUUAAUUUAAAAAAAAGGAUCAAAUAUGUGGAGACUAGUGCAAUGGGCUAGCAUACCUGGACUGUAAUUGGUAUGCAACCCCCGGUGACUAUCUGUGGUGAUAUACUUUUAAAUCUUAUAACUUUUUUUUCAAGCUAUUUUUUACAGUGAUAUGUUAUUAUACUGACUUUCCUGCACUCUGUGUAUCUCUGAUGCUCUCUUCUAGUGAAACUUCGAAUUGUUUCUAAAGCCUAACUAUUCAAGGGUUGGGGGUGUAAGCUUAGUUAGGUUCAAUUUUUCCUAUUCUUAACUUGGAAUAUCAGUAUCCUAAAUAAUUUCUGUGGCCUGAGCUGUGGUCUACAUUUGAGGCUGUUGCAGUUAAUCCUCAGUGUUGGGUGGGAAGUUGAGAAAUCAUCCUAUUUGUUGUUUCCGAUUGCUAACAUAUCAGUGCGUGUUUUGAAGGACCCCCUCCCCUUAGUGUACUUAAAACGGCCCAAAGAUCAUUCUGUGCCAUCUGAAGUCAUGACUUCAGCAAUAUGUGUUUAUAUAUAUAUAUAUAUUAGUAUGUACCUUAUUUAAUCAAAAAAGUAGUUUGCUUGACCGUGCAACCCCUCAUUCAAAUUCUUCCUGCAUGGGUGAUCGUGGAACUUAUAAUUUUCUCUCUUGAAAUUAGGAGGAAAAUAUAUUUACAAAGACGAAUUAAAAGUUUAUCUUAAUGGACUACUAACUUCGAAGUUCAUAUUUAUUUUUGAUUAUUUAAAACUAUCAUUAUUGUUAUUCUCUUAAGAUGAAGUUUUAAUUAUUUUAUACCCCUAUUGGAAUUCCAAAGCUUAAUGACCACUUCUCAUUCUUCAUUAUAAUGGGAAAGACCACUUUAAAAAAUGCUUCAUAAAAUUUUGGGCAACAAAUACAUUGUGUUAAUUGUUGUAGUCGCCAAUUAUUUUUUCUUUGUAGUUUGUUUAGUUUCUCUCAUAUAUUUGAAGAAUGGAGAAGUGUUUUGCAUGAAAAUAAGGUCACCAGUCAAAGAAAAAGAAAUCUUUGCUUAAAAGAAUGCCUUUUGAUGGUUCGUGAAUGUCUUAGAAUUAUGUCUCUCCUUGCAGAAGUCUUGGAUAUUAACAAAUUUGAAAAAUUUCAAGGAGGAGAAUUUCAGACAUCUAGAUGUCUCAUUAUCUCCUGCAGUUAUCAGCUCAAUUUUUUCUUUUCAUAUACAUUUUUGUCUUUUUUUUUUUUUUUUUUUUUUUUUCCAAUGAACAAAUUAUUUUGCAUUCUGCCAGAUUCAGGUUGGGAAACAUUUUAAGCCAAAAGUCAUCAGUCUAGAUUUUUUUUUUUUUCAUUGGUUAAAAUGCUGAUUUAAAAUGAAAUGAAAUUGCCAAUUAAAACUAUUUAUAAAAUCGAAGAUCAGGAAUUGUAAAUUUUAGAUUAAGACAAAACAGUCAUUUUACCAAUAAGUUUUUAUGUAUUUUAUAUCGUAACACCUCUCAUUCUAGAUACGUUUUGUGAUAUAAAAAAAAUAACCCCUUAUGUGUUCUAGUUUAAAGUCAGAUAUAGUAUUUAAAAAAAAAAAAAAAAAAAAAAAAAAAGGAAAAGGAACUUUAUUGUCUGAUAAAUAAAACUUGUACUUACUUCUGCUUUUUUUGUAAAUAUUAAAUACUGCUGUAUAUAAGGUUAUUUGUACAAAAUUUGUGAUCAAAAGAUUAUAUAUGGGUGGUAUAAAAUGUGUAGUUUUUUUUUUUUAAAAACAUAUUUAUAUGUUAGAUUCCCUUGGAGAGUGGAAAGAUUUUUAAAAUCACAUGUUGCUCUUGAAUAUUUGCCUUGGAAAUUUUAUUUUGGAGAAAAGGAAGGAAUUAGAAUUGCAUUAUCUUAUAAUAUUGGUUACUGAAGAGUUUAGCUUGUGUUUAUUUCAUUUACCAGCUACAUUAGAUUUAAGCAUUUUGAGUAGUUUUAUAUUUUUAGACUACUAAAUAAUUUAGCUGCUUAAAUUAUUUCAGUGUAAUUUGAAGGUCUGAUAUUCCUAUGUCACAAUCAAAUUACUUCCAGGUCUAGCAUGCAGAGGAUACCUAGAUCAGAGCCUAAAGAAAGAACAGUAUUUUUUAAAUGGUAUAAAAUGCUUAAAUUUCUGAAAGAUGACAUCUUUUGAAUGACUGUCUUGACAUUUUGGUACUUAUUAAUUAUCUAUUGUCACAGUUUCAUGGUGACGUUUUGGCAGCAUUCUGCAUUUAUUUCUUGUUUUCUAUAUUUCUUUCUUUUAAGUGUCUUAAUAUGAAUAUUGUUCUAAGUUUGUGAUAACUGAACUGUUACAGAAGUUUCAAUUCAGGUUUUCAUCUUUAUAAAUUUAUAUAUAAAGCUUAAAAAUGAUCAGGUUAAAAAAAAAAAAAACUAAGUUAUUAAAAGAGGAGGGAAGAUUGGCUUUUAUUUCAAGAAUAAAUACAUUAGUAGUAGACAUUGAGAAGCUACUUCCAAAUUUAUAUGUAUUAAGGUAGGGAAGAUUGGCUUUUAUUUCAAAAAUAAAUACAUUAGUAGUAGACAUUGAGAAGCUACUUCCAAAUUUAUAUGUAUUAAGGUAAACUGAAAAAAAAAUUAUAUACUACAGUUAAACUGAAUUGAAGUAGUAACCAAAUGAAUUUUAAGAUUACUGGGAAAACAUUCAAACUGCUCAAAUAAAUAUUGCACAUUUUUUCAAUUUUUUCUUGUUAGAAACUAUUAUGAAGAGUUAAUUUUAUAGGAUUAAUGAAAACUUAAAAGAAUUAAAGUAGCAGAGAAAAUAUUUUUAAAAAUAUAUAUUAAUGUGUGUAAUUUGCAAUUUUAUUUACAAUAUAUGCAAAAACAAAGAAAAUGCUAUUCUAUUUUUGGAAUAAGAAUGAGCUACUCGUGUCUUUUUGUACAUAAUCUUUUGCCAAAGCCAUUUCAGAAUGAUAUUCACUUUUUCUGAGAGGUGAAGUAAUUUUCGGGAAUGUUAUGAAUAAAUCUUAAGCUGCAUUGGACGGUUUAGAUGCUCCUAUUACUUGUAUUAAUGAUGUUUUAAUUAAUUUAUUUUCAUUCUUAUUACUCUUGAGUUCAUCUUUUUCCUAUUUUAUAUUACUUUUUUUAUUGCAAUAGAUAUACAUUAUUCUUUUAUGCAGUUUUUUCCCUUCCUGAAGUAUAUGGAAAAAAGAUUUUCUAAUUUUUCAAUUAUCUGCUCCAAAACUUUUUAUUAGGAAAUAAUUCUUUUGUGAUCAUUAUUGCCUUGGCAGUGAAAAUAAACCUAUAGUUUUAUGGAUAUCUUUUUCUUUUCAAGAAAAUGUGAUGAGAGAUACUCGGUGAGUGCCAACAUAUUUUCAAUGUAAAUUUAGUUGCCAUUUUGUUCUCAAAGUAUUGUUUCGCUAUCACCCAUGUCAGUGUGUUGCCUUACCGUCCACAAGCUUUUUCCCUCUCUUUCCCUGAUUGUAGUGUGAAUACAGUAUUUAUCUCAUCUUCAAAAUGGGGGGAACUCGGACCAAUUCAAAUGUGAUGUUUUUUAUUCUUAGCAAUAUGCUUUCCUGGCGCUGCACAAAAAAAAAGUCUCAAAAUGACCCCCAUCUUUUCUUGAUAGUUUCUAUAAGUCCAUUCAAGCCUUGCUAUCUAGUCACUCAAUGAAAUUGAUUGGUUUUUUUAAUUGAAGGCAAUAAUCAAAGGUUAAAAAAUCUUUAUUUGUCAUUGAAAACCAUUAUUAAUUGCAUCUAUAUUUAAGUGUAAAUACAUUGAAUACUAAGGCAUCUAAACUGGUGGAAAAACAUGAAUUAUUAGCUGUUUUGAGUACUAAAGUCCUACUAACAGGUCUGAUUUUUCUCAAUAAAAAGGAGAUUAAUUUGUAAUGUUGCCACUUAGUUGCAACUGCCAAAAUAUUUUAAUUUAAUCAACUUACCCACCUUUGUGCUUUAGAAAGUGUCCUUUGUGCACCAUGUUCAAUGAAAGCAGUGAACAUGAAAGUAAAUUUAAGAAUUUCAAGUGAAGCCCUUUCCAUCUUAGAAUGAACAAUUCUAGUUUCAAAAAAGUUUUUUAUUAACCUGUUAAUCAGGUAACUAAUUUAUAUUGAAUUUGUUUUGCAUUGAAAUAUUUUAUAUAUAUUAUGUUCUCGUAGGAAAAAAAUAUGAAUAUUUUUUAUUAAAAAAAAAUAUAUCGUGCAUUUUAAUCUUUUAAUGCAAUUUUGAAGUAUUAUGUGGGAUUGUAAUAAGCUUUUGAUAUUUCAGUGCUAAGAAUGAACAUAUUUCUUUAAACAAGUGCAUAUUUAAUCUAAUGUAUUAAAUCUUCUCAGUCUUAGUAUAAUGAGGUGACUUUAUACCAAGGCUUGACUGUAAUCCACGACUGUGAACUUUGUCCCAUUUUCCGAACAUUUGAUGCAGGACUCAAUCUAGUUGGGGGCUUCAGGUUCUAUUUUUCUGAUGAUUGGACAUUUCUACUGAAUGAAAUUUUUUUAGUGCAAAAGUAAUAUAUUUUUUAUAGAUAGAAAAGCCAAGAAAAUGCAUUUUUGAUCAUUAGCCUGAUUGGUUGUAAUAAAUUCCAUGAAGAAACCAUAAUUUCAUUGUUGAAACAGAAAUCUUUUGUGAUAAUUUCUUUUCUCCUAUAUUUUAGUGAGUCUUUCUUUUUGAUUUGAGGUGCUACCCAAAGUACAUGAAAGUAUUUCUUCAUGAAAAAGGGUUGCAUGCUUCACAUCCUAACUAGUCGCUUCAAGCCUUGCAUGCAAUGAAGCAGCCAUUUUUGCCUCAUAUUGGAGCUCUAUUCCUAGUCCUAGGAUGUUAUGAAAGAUUACAUACCAUGUACAAUCAAUACAAUGUAAUGAUGUUUUUUUGGGGGGGGGAGUUAAAUGAGAAAAAUUGAAUAUUUGCCAAUAAAUUAUUAUUGCAUUAGGAAAGGCAUUGGCUAAAUACCCCAAUAAUUUUAUUUUAUAGUGUGUGAUUUAUUUGUAAUUAGGGUUGUUUAAAAUAUUCAGAAUUUGUAUGUGAUAUUUCACAUAGUGUUUGUAAGAUAUUUCUUUAUUUGUGUGUGUGAUGUUAACAAUCAUUUUGUAUUUGAAUUUUCAGAGCUGUUGGGUAGCACCUCAUUCUAAUACUCAUUUUAUUAAGGGUUGUGUUUUGAUAUUUUUCCCCCUUCCUUUACAUUGGGAAAAAUGACAAAUUGUUGGCUACAUAAAAAGUUCUAUACUUAGUGCUUGUGAUUUGUACUCUGUGAAAAAUCAGCUAACAUAAUUAUUUAUAUAAAGUGUCUAUGAAAGUAAAAAAGUGUUCCUUGUGCCACAGCAAAUUUCCAAUUCGUUACUUCCCUGCAGCUGUAUGUGAUUGUAAAUAAUGCAAAAAAGAAAAUUGUUUUUUCUCAGGUAUUAUGAUUAUUGUACUAACAUCUGUUUUACUGACAGUGCUCCCCCUCCACGUUAAAAGUGGAAUUGUCCCCAGAGAAAAUUCUUAGAGCUUAACGCACAUCUUUCUUCCGGUGGUCUGGACCAUUCCACAUUUGCUGCCCAUAGAACAGGACACAAGGCUGAGGGGAGGAGGGUGGGUCUCAAACUCCCACACACAAACUUUUGAGCUUAAUACAUAAAAUAAAUUUAUUAUACGAUAUUUAUCAUAAUUCCUCUUAGAACAAAUGGAAAUAUUUAUUCAUCCUGUAAACUUGUUCUGCUAGUCGAAAUUGUUACCUCUGGGAGAUGUUGUUUCAGCAAUAAACAUGGGUGAUUGUGUUUUAUUUUUUAUUCUCCCUUUGUUAAUAUUACUCCACUUAAUAUAGAAUGAUGUAAGGUUUGGCAAACUGUAUAAAGAACAUGAUAGAAGCUCCCAAUGAAUGUGACUUUAUAUUGCCUUUUUCUGCAUAGUAUAAGCAGUAUUGGUAUUUUUAAGAACCGUCCUAAUUCUCAACUUGCAAUAUAUUUCUGUGUUCCAACAAAGUUUGUUAUACUGCAAAAAUGAAUCUGACUUGUUUUGUGAAGUUUUAAUUCUCAACUGUACAAAGCACUGUGUUGCCUUUUAGCUGUAGCCUUUUGUUAGGUCUGAAAAUCUGGUUUAUCCUUUAUGAAAAUUUCCUCAAUUGUAUUCUUGAAUAAUAAUAAUAAUAUAAUAGAGAAGGUUGCCAGAAGUGAUGAAUAUGAGUUUCAAUUGUUGAAUGCGGAAAUUGCAAUGAAAAAUAUCUUGUAAAGAAUCAUGUAGAAAAUUCCAAUUUAGAUACCAAAUAGCAAUAUUAAACUUUGCCUUUAAUGAUGUGUCUUAAAUGUUAUAUGUUUACUAAUUUUAAUUUAAUAAAUAGGAUGAUGUUAUUUUGUAAAAGAUAAUUCAGUAUAGUAUUGAUAGUUUGUAGACAAUACUGUUCCUAUGUUGUUGACUAUUUAAGUGGUAAUAAGUGUUUGUAUCCCUGUUAAUUUAAGAUUUAGAGUUAUUUAUUACAUAAUAAACCAAUUUAAGUUAAUACUUAUUAUAAUAUAUAACUUUAAAUAUUAUCAGUGAUAAUUAUAUAUAAUUAUUAAACAUUUUAUCUGCAUGGUCACAAAUAAGUUAGAUUGGGCAUUUCCUUUACUCAUGCCAAGAAUGGCCAUGAUUGUAUAGCUUCAGUAUUUUGUGUCUUUGAAUUCCCGGUUUUUAUUAGUCUGUAAAAAAAAUAAUCGAAUUUUCGAUGUAGAGUGGGGAUUUAUUCUGAUAGCCUGUUAAAAAUUAUAGAAAGUGACUUAUCUCUUAAUUUUGUACCCUGUAAUUGUACUUUUAUUUGUUGACAUUUUGUCCUCGCACAAUCGCCCAUGUCCAGAACCCUCUUUUCCAGGAACUGUGCCAAAAAAAGCAUGUGCAAAAUGGGCAGAAAGGGAGAGGGGCUUUCCUACGAGUUUGAGACCCGCGUCUUUAAAUCAAAAAGGUGGAUGUUCCAAAACUCAGUAAGAGAAAAUAAAAAAGAAAACUCUGCUCAAAAUUCGUUCAUAUUUUUGGUACAGUGAAAUGGCUAUCACUUAUACUUACCAAGUGUUCAUUAAUCUCAAAGUCUUUUUAUCUCUGGCAUUUUUGUGUUUCGUUUGACUGCUCUUGACAUGUUUUAUUAUUGUAUGUAAUGUAACCGACCAUUUUCCAAAGAAUUACCAAAUUUGUUUUCAUUGUUAUAUACUUAUGGAUUGAAAUCAUAUCAUAACCGAUUUUUAUUUGGCAUUUUAUGUACUUUUAAGUAUUAUUAUGAUUUUUUUGUUCUGACAAAUAUCUAUAUUAACUAGUGCAAUCACUUUGUAUGUAUUUAUAUCCAAUACUGCUCACGGGAGAUGUAUAACUAUGUUGUGCCAAAACUGGAAGUGAAAAACCAAACCAUUUUUAUUUCUUACUGUUUCCGCCAUUUAUCACUUUCUGGAACUUUUUAAAAGAAAGGAAAUAAGUAAAAAAUAUGUAUAUGACGCCCUUACUUAAUACGACGGGAAGGGUCGUCGUUCACAAUUGCCAGAUCUUAAAAAAGAAAAAGAAAUUGACGGCCCGUUUCGUCUUUUUUGUGAUAGAGACACUUGUUGCAUUUCUCCACCCAAAACGCCUAGUCACAGUCGAGGAAAAAUGCUCUGAAAAAAAAUUAUCUCGAAGCCCUCCGAGAAAAAUAAAAAUGUAUGUGGGUUCGGAUACGAAAAAAAAUUUGGGGAAAAAAAAAUGUGCCUUUUCUUCUUCUAAAGAUGUCAAACACACAACAACGAACCCGGGACACUGGUUCUUCGUCAGCUUCCCCGCUGUGUCGUCGGUCGACAAUCAGCUCUUUGGUUGGAAACAUUGCACAUUCCAGAAAAAGCGGGGAUAAAGGAGCUGCUGCAAAGUAUAUAUUAAAAACUAACACUGAUCUGAAGAAUAAAAAAACUCAACUCCGAUAGUGCCACCUUUUUGCAAUUCGUUCUUUGGUUUAUCCGUGGAGGCUUUUAUCGCCAGUCAAAUCCUUCUCAACUGCAAAUCGUUCCUGGAUGUGUUUGUGUUGUAAAUCGAUGUUGUUCAUCUUAAGCCGUAGUGUGUGAUUGUUUUCGUUUGCUCAGGGUUCUAUAUCCAUUUGAAACAUGUGAUCUGAAAUUAUGUUGAGCAUUAUUAGAUGAAAAAUUGUUCCUUUUUAAUACUAAACAAACAAAAAAAAUAUGUGUCGUGUAGUAUUAGUUUUAGAAGAAAUGUUGUGUACAGAAAAGAAAAAAAAAAGUGUGGAUCUUCAAAGAGAAGGCUGUUUUCCUUUUUUUUUUUUUUAAUUAAAUUUUUUCUGAAAGGACAUGCACAUAUGUGGAAGAUAUAGUGUUUGCUUUGUAUAUGUAUUAUAUAUAUAAGGCCGGCCUUGUCAAUUUUGCUCAGAAAAAUGUAUCAGACAAGUGAUUUUUAAUGUUGACCACCCGUGCAAAUUGUUCCUUUGAAGAAAUAUAUUCCUGCUUUAAGGACUGACGGACUGAAUGGAUUGCUGCCAUGUGUGGGGGCACUUAGCAAAGUGGGUGGGGGCCUUCCGAAUUACCCUUUUUUUUCCCACGCGAGAUAUGUAUUUCAAAAUGACCCCAUGUGAUAGAUGGGGGGAACGACACAUUCCUUCCUAAUUAACAUUGAAGUCAGGUAUAGGACACUUGUGGCUGCAUUCUUCGAUGCCUUCUCAUUCGGAAGACCCCCCCUGCUCCCGUAGGGUGUUUUUGUAUUGGGGGGUCCACUUUCAGCAUUAAAGGUUUGUGUAAUCA